AUGCCAUCUAAAUCUCGAAUAUGGUGUGCUCAUCCUUAUCAUGAUGAAGUUUUACCAAAUGGAAAAAAACGUUUUUCAAAAAUUGGUGCAAAACCAUCACAUCCAAAAGGAAAAAGAUUAAUCAGCGAGCAAUUGGCCGAGUUUAUCAACAACCAUAACGAAGCAAUUUUAAAUGGAUCUUCCAAGCAACUUUCAAAGGCUGAUUAUCUCUGUUCACCAUGUUUCGUAAAAGAAAGAAAUCGGUAUAUGAGUGAUGAACAAGCAGAUAUGCAUAUUGAUGAUAGUCAAGGAAGUUUCAACUACGACAACCUCGAUAGUGGUUCAGAUAGUCAACAAAAUUCUCCAAUGGAUGAUGAUUAUGUACGCUUAGAACAAGAAGAUGCUAAACUGAAAUUGAAUCAGGUGUUUGAAUUAAACAUAAAAAAUUUGUUUUUUCAUAUUCGAAAUACUAAACAAAUUGCCAAUGCUGUAGACGAGACGUAUUUCAAAUUAAAAGAGUUUAGUAAUAUACUUUUACCACGUUCUCGUCAUAAUAAUGAACCAAGAACAUUGUCUUCACUUGAUCUUUCAACUGAUGAUGCUAUCUGGAUUCUUGAUAGUCUACGCGAACUUUUCAGCAUUAGUGACAACAAUGAACAACAACGACUUAUGACUAUGUUACCACCGGAAUGGGGCAGAGAUCGAAUUUCUAAUUGGUUUCGUGAUCGACGAGGAAAUAAACCACUUGAUAAUCAAAUAGAACUGGCGGUCUAUAACUUUUAUACAAGUGAUGAAGUUAGUCGUGAAACAUCGUACAAAAAACAAGUCAUCCAUCCACCACCAUUCAGAACUCCAGUUCCGUUACGUUUUCUUCAUCUAACAAUUGGAGAAACAUUUGAACAAUUUAAAAUGAAAUAUCCAAACAUGGAAAUAAGUAGAUCAAAGCUUUUUUCAUUACGACCAACGUGGGUGAGAGAACGAACACCUCAUGAAUCGUAUAAAUAUAGUAUACACAAUUUAGCUCAUCAUCAUCAAGAUUUUCAGAUCGAAGCAUCAUGGCCAUUCAGCUCGUCAGGACACGUCAAAGGACCAUGUGAUGGUGUUGGUGCUGUGGUGAAAUUGACGGCUACACAACACUUACUCAAAGGUGGACCAAAUGCAUCGUUUUCAACACCAAAACAAUUUUUUGAAUGGUGUCUUGAAAAAAAUGAUCGUAUGGUGGUGGCAAGAUCUCCUCGCAUAGAAGCUUCAAACUGUCCAUCUACUUAUAUGUCCGAACCUAAUCGUCCUAUCGAAGUGCGUUGGCUAUCUGCUGAUGUCAUCAACAAUGAAUUCGAAAAUCGUUUAAUGCCGCGUUGGAAUCUACUCUCCUCCAAAAGUUCAAUUUCUGGAAUUCGUGAUAUUCAUCAGUUCGAUGCGGAUAAAAAUGGAUCUGUCUCCUGUCGUCGCACCUCACAAUCUAGCACUAUGACCAACCACACAUUUAAAAUCCAAACAACCGUUAAAUCGACUUUAAAUCAAGUACUAACAUUAUCUGAUUGCAAUAAUGGAAUCUUCAUCAUUAUCAAGCAUCAAAAUGCCUUUCGUCUAGCUCAAAUGAACUCAUCAGAUCUAACCAUCUCUCAAAUAACAGUUACCUGUUUUGAUCCUCCUUUCCCAGCUUCAAUAUUUAAUCGCUCGAAAUCACCACGUCUAUUCAAUUUAACUAUUUCAACAGAACAAUUUCGAGCACGUCUGAUCGAUAAUCCAGAGCAGCUGCUGAAUGGUCAUAUUCGCAUCAGUCCACAGCAGUUACUGGAUAUUCAAAAUAUCUGGGAUGAAGAAUGA